CGUGACGAGCGGGUAGAAUGCUUUCCCAACAACCACUCGUAUUAGGGUGCGGCCAGUCAGUUUCAACUCGCGCUCACCCAUUAACCUGUGUUGAGUGCUCGGGUCCCCAAGGCUGUUGUGACGUGUGACUGUGACACAGACGACGUAUAGGCGGACAUGACAACAUGGUGUGCUGCACGCCCCGUGUCCUGGCCCUCGCGGUGUUCUGGUGGUGUACCCUCCACACUACAGGUACAUCCACACUUGACGGUGGCAUUACACCACAGGAGACAUCUUUCCUUGACGUCACAGGGGCAGCAUCUUCCACAGUUGGGGGAUUUGUAGACAUAACUUCUUCGAGUCUUAAUAAUUCAUCAUCAUUAGAAACAACGGUAGGAGAACAGAUCCCUGAUACACUUUCCUUAGAGCCAACAUCUUCCUCUGACAGCUUGCCACAAGACCAAAAACCGGCCACACCUUUCUCUGAUAGCUUACCACUAGAACCGACACCAGCAACAUCUUCCUCCGAUAGCUUACCACUAGAACCAACACCAGCAACAUCUUCCUCCGAUAGCUUGCCACUAGAACCAACACCAGCAACAUCUUCCUCCGAUAGCUUACCACUAGAACCAACACCAGCAACAUCUUCCUCCGAUAGCUUGCCACUAGAACCAACACCAGCAACAUCUUCCUCCGAUAGCUUACCACUAGAACCAACACCAGCAACAUCUUCCUCCGAUAGCUUGCCACUAGAACCAACACCAGCAACAUCUUCCUCCGAUAGCUUACCACUAGAACCGACCCCAGCAACAUCUUCCUCCGAUAGCUUACCACUAGAACCAACACCAGCAACAUCUUCAUCGGAUAGCUUGCAACUAGAACCGACACCAGCAACAUCUUCCUCUGCCAGUCAGCUGGUAUCUCCGACUGUCACACCACCACAGCCCGGUAGUUCCACAGUCCAUCCGGAGCAGCAGACGUCGGGGAAGGGGUCCGGAGCAAAGGUGGCUGCUGGAGUCUGUGUCAGCAUCAUCUUGAUCCUGGCUGUAGUGGCGGGCAUCUUCUACUACAGACGGUGCUACCAUGCCAAACGUUGGACUCCCGGAGCAGUGUCAUUUCGGCACAUGCCAUUUACAAACAGAGGUUACCAAGACGACGAGGGAACCCUGAUUCUUCCCAACAUGAAAUGAAAGGAAUGUGGUCAUUGUGUGUUGAUAAAGACAGGAGGAAGAGCACAACAUUCAUCAACUUUAAACUCUGCUGUGAUAUAUAAAUACAUACAUGGAGUUGCCCGGAUGACGUCACUAUCCACACAUUGACCUUGAGGUUGUCCCAGAAUCCACCGCGAGAACAUCCGGGUCACCCGGCGUGUUCUAGGGAUGACCCAUGCUGCAGGUUCACCAUGGAGACAGUAUAGGUCUAUAGAGGGACACCAAAACAGACCCAGCCUCCAUGUGGAAGAAGAACAAUCUGUUAUCUGUUACAUAAAUGCAUAUACCUGUACGUAGGUGGGUCAUCUGUUACAUAUAUACCUGUACGUUGGUGGGUCAUCUGUGUCACGCAUGCAUUUGAAAUCCUGACUUAUAUGCACUGAUUGGUAAAGUAUUGCUCUGUGACUGACGAGUAACAUGGUAUUGUCAUAUUUAUAUAUAUCUAUAUGGAUGUAUGAUCUUAAUGUGGCGGUGUGUACACUCCCUCUACCUGCGAGUGACGAGUAACAUGGUAUUGUCAUAUUUAUAUAUAUCUAUAUGGAUGUAUGAUCUUAAUGUGGCGGUGUGUACACUCCCUCUACCUGCGAGUGACGAGUAACAUGGUAUUGUCAUAUUUAUAUCUAUAUAUCUAUAUGGAUGUAUGAUCUUAAUGUGGCGGUGUGUACACUCCCUCUACCUGCGAGUGACGAGUAACAUGGUAUUGUCAUAUUUAUAUAUAUCUAUAUGGAUGUAUGAUCUUAAUGUGGCGGUGUGUACACUCCCUCUACCUGCGAGUAACGUUCAAGUUGCUCAAGGGCACCACCGUUCAGGGAAAAUGUUUAAUGAACCCCAAGUAAUACCAGUGUUGUGGGAAUGUUUACAUUAUCUCCAUAUAUUAUAGAUUUUAAGUGAGGUUGUUAAAUGAACACCUAAGUGAAGACUGUUGACUGUAUAUAUUUGAUGAUCUCCCGUGAUCGGCCCGUGUGUGUUAUACAGUGUAUGUGUGAGUCUGGGGAGCGUACCCACUAACUGCUGACUAGUGGUCCAGACUCUACAUGGUCAGCCAUGUUCCGGACCCAACCUGGUGGUGGGCGGGGCAAUGUCUAUUGACAUAUUGGGGGGAUAUUGUUUUUAUUUCCAUUGAAAUGUAUACCUUUUACAAGAAAUGAAUAAAAUGUUGGGAUA